GCGACCAGUCGGCGCCCGAUCUGCGAGCGCGACGUACGUGCUCGCGCGUUCCUUUGCUCUUUAACCUGCCAAAUAACCUAACUACUCGUCUACCAUACGUUUCGGAUACAACUGCUACUAUUUUCGUCGCAUCUGCGCCCGCGGCCCUCUCCUCUUCACUUGUAAGGUGCUAACCGGAAACCGGAAGUAGGACAAGAUGGCGGCGUUCGUGGCCAAGCAAAUGGUGGGCAACAAGCUCAGCGCAGUCAAAGGCGCAGUCGGUGGUGAUGGCGAUGACAGCGAUGAUAAGGAAAAGGAAGAAGAAGCAGAACGCGAACGGCAAGAGGCCAUCCGCGAGGCUGAGGAGAGACGCAAGGAGAAACACCGCAAGAUGGAGGAGGAGAGAGAGAAGAUGCGGCAAGAGAUUAGGGAUAAGUACAAAAUCCCCAAGAAGGAAGAAGUGGUGGAACAGCAGCAAGCCGAGCCCGACAACCCUCUCAUGAGGAAGAAGAAGACGCCGGAGGAACUGGCGGCCGAGGCCGAGUUGGAAGAUCAGGAUGAGUUCACCAGCAAAAUGGGAAAGAAGCGCCGUGGACGCCACAAAUUGCAAUGCAGAAUUCUGUAGAGUUGAAAAACAUGUCGCAAAUGUGAAUUGAAAAACACCAUCGAGACGCAAGUGAACGAACUGAAAUCCCAAAUUGAGAGCAAGUGUGUUAUGCAGUGAGCGGCCCGACUUAUUUACCCAGAAUACAUGAUGUAGCUGUAAGGUCAUGGUAACCCAUCCAUUCAGGAACGCACCCGUAUCACUCGCGCUCAACACAAGACAAGGCAUACGGCCAACUAGUUCCAUCGAGCUGGGAUAUCAAAUUUAGCCAUAUUUUUGGAGCAGCAUUUUUGCGUCUCUUGGCUCGAUAUAUAGAAGGCUUUUCAUCAGAUACCAUAAAUUUUUCCAACAACUUAUUUGUAUUUAUCAAUUUUAGGAAACCAUCAACUAGUAUUAUUACAAAUAACUUUGAUAUCUACCAUUUAUUUAUGAAUGAUCACACUAAAGCAAUGUUAUGAGUACAUGUGCUUAGGCAUCUAUUGUUAAUGUGAAGUUGACUUUUGAUUCUUAGUUUGUAAAUGUGUCACAUACACCGACGACGUUCUGACCCAGCUUGCACAACUAAUUGGCCAAAGUGUUCGCGUCUUUAAGUAGGAUAUCCCAAUUCUAAAUUUUUCGGACGGUAGAUGGCUAGGCGCGCGUUGGUGCUUAAUAAUGAGCAAUAAUAUUUUUAUACAUUCAUAAAAUUGAGAACAGCCCUGUCGUUUUACGCGAGGUCAAAAAGUCAAAGCAACACUCGAACCCGUUUUAUAUGUUGAAGCAUGUGAUAUAUUGUUAUUUAAGUGUAAAGAGGAAAUAAUAUUAAUACCGUGAUUAAAGGGAUGUAAUUUAGGAUUAGCACGCGUGUAUCUCUCUCUUACGCUACUAUCUCUUCGGCUGAUCAUACUUACAUUGAAAUAACAAUGUAUUGGAGUUUGUUCUCAUCCAAAUUCCGCGUAAUUUUUAAAGCUGCAACCUUUCGGUCUUCUUACUCGACUUUUGCCUCUAAAUCUUUUGCAUGCGUGCUUUUGCAGGUGUAUUAAGUAAUUGUGUCAGUGUAUUCUGUAUAUACCAAUAAUCGACCUAGCCUUAAAAACCACAUCGAAAAUAUAAUAGGUACAAUUGUUGAACCUACCCAGUCUAUCACUGGAGUUAUAUUGCAUGUCUUUAAUAUUAUAAGAUCAAUGUUGGUUUAGAUAAAUAUAAAUGUAGACGUACACUUUACGUUGUUUGACCGUUGCAGUAGCGUAGGGACGCCGUUGAUCUAAUGUUUUAUCUGAGAAUCUUUUAGUCUAUGGUUAUGCAUCUAAAGAAGAAAAUUUAACAUUCAACUCUUAAUCAUCGGUGGUUUUAUCUUAAAAAGUCAUCGACGAAAUUAAUGUUUAAUUUUUUUGCUGAAAGAUGCUAUUUCCAUAGAAUACAAGUUUCUUGUUUUUAUCGGUGUUUUACGCUUAGGAGUAAUAUAUACACAUGUGCGAGUGAAUUUUUCGAGCGAUUGUCGUUUCUGGGUCUCGAUGGGGCAGUUUUUAUUAUGUCAGGCCAAAAUGGACUAAUAGUGAAACGCUAAACCAUUAAACAUUUAAAAAUCUUCUCUCUAAUACUCAAAAAUGUUUUUCUAUUUGAUUAAUCUUUCAAAAGGGCUAAAUAUUCCUAAAUAACUUCAGUAUUCGUACUCGUAACUCACUAAACUUUCUUUCAUUCUAUUUAAGCGUAACAAAUUAUUUGUCCAAUUUGCUUGAGGCUAUGGAUUGGGUGUCACGGCUAAAGAAGUACUUGGUACAGUACUCCAGUUUGAUCUGAGCGAGUUGUUCGAAACAUUUCCUCCACUUAAGCUGCAAAUGCAAAAGAUUUGUCAUCGUCAAAAGCUGUGAUAUAUAAUAAUAACGCUGUACGCAGGGGCGACAUUCAUUCGCCCCUUUCGUUAGCUUCUUGAACUUCAAAUUUGAUCUUCUAUCGUGUAUUCAUUGGAUCUCUCGCUCUUUCCUCUUCUUAGGCUACAACUCUCAGACACGAAUCAGCACAUCAUGUAUUUCCAAAUAUACUUUAAUUAAUUUCAUCAAAUUCAUCGGUUCGAUGCAGCGUAUCGCUUGCUAUACAUUAUUUACACGAGUUACUAUCAGUUCUUUAAGUUUGAAAUUGUCAAUUAUCCCUAUCCUCACAGAUCGUAUAUAACUAUUCAAUAUACACACAUGUAAAUAAAGAUCAAUAAUUUCUGAUUAUUUACUGAGAUGCUAUUUUCUGAUGUAUAAGAUUCUAAAUAUUUUCUCGCACUCUAUUGCACAUUGAUCUAUUUUCAUAGCUUCUUUCAAUAGUACCUUAUUUUGUGCACGCAUAGCUAUGAUAAUCUACAAUCUCUAUGUAUUUGAAUAUAUAUCAAAUGAACUAUAUAUUAAAUAAAGCAAAGAUGGGCAUCGCUUUGUCAAAGCACUGGACCCGUCCGUUCCAUGAUCAGAAUUCACAUUCUUAAUAUUGUUAAGGUAUAACUUUAAAUUUUCACAGUGUAUGUGUGGUUAGUCUAGGUUUAUCAUAUAUUACAAACAUAGUUCAAUGUAUGUGCAUGGCAAUUCUAGCUAACGGUUGUUCGUAGUUGACUAAACAAUAAUAGGAUAAGUCUCAUCCCGUUGCAAAUGAGUUUACACGACCAAGUACCGUAUCAUCAUCACGUCUACAUCUUUCUCCUUGUACUUGUAAUGUGUUAGCUACUUCUAUAUUAUCGCUACCUAUUACCCUAUUCUAACUUCUAUCUUGUCUAGCUGUAACCCUAGCCUCUCCUUCGUUGUUAACUCAUUUAUCUAGAUAUAGAUUAGGAAAUUAUUUUGGUACGUAGUGGAGUCUAGUUACAAUUAAAUCAUUGGAUUAAAAUCGCUAACUGUCACUAAUUUAAAAUAAGCGUUUCUUCGGUGUUGCAAUUGUUUGCAUGGAUGAAGUGUUAACUUUAAGCUCUUUAAAAGUGUUUUCAGUGUCGUUUUCUCUUUCGUCCAUUUUGUUUUGGGGUGCAAGAGCUUCAGUAAAGCUAUAUGUCUAUGUAAGCUUUCGAUGUUCAAUGUAUAGUGAUUAUGCAAUUAGAUUAACGUUGCUUAACGUAAUAAGUCAAGGAAUUUGGGUGAUGCCAAAUGGUUGUAAAAUUACUUCGGAUUGUAUAACUUCAGGCUCGGUUCGAUGUUUGGAACUCGAUGGAGAGUUGGAAACACCGAACUAUUCUCCGCUGUGAGGAAUGUUACCAACUUCUAAGACACGAAACAUGCUACUACUUCAAUCUAACACUACUAUCUCGUUAUUUAAGUCUCAAAUUCACGUUAAUUAUGGUUAUACUUGCACACGACAUCAACUUAUUAACAUUUCUUUGAAAAUAUAGUGAAUUUAUGAAGAGGUUUAUACAAGGUAGAUGUGUAGCUUAGACAUUAUAUCGUGCGUUAUUAAAGAAUGAUUCAGUUUUGAAAAUCACCCGUAGAAUAAUUUUAAGGAAAUCAAAAAGCGACUUGUGACCAAUUUUAGAUUUUUUCCUAACAAAAUCAGUUUGAUCUUAUGACUUUCAUACUCAGGGUAAAUAUAUAUAUACUUGCUGUGACUAUUAUUGUUGUCUAUUUAUAAUAUAUUCAGUUAGAUUAUUUAGGACGAAUAUAUGACUUUUUGGCCUUCGAAGGCGUCACAUCUCAAGUGAGACAUUUCUCUUGAAUUUAUUCCUGUUCCUCUGCCCAAUAGUAGGAGGUUUUGAAUUUUCACUGUUACUAUUCCUUAGAGGAGUUAGACUUUACAUUUUAAUACAUACCUUGUUAAACAUUUUAUUAUAAAUUAGCAUAUGAUAGUUGCACUAGGUUUUAAUAUUAGGGAAUGAUUUGUGUCAGAUUGACGACCUUUUUGAUGUUAAAUCUGAUGAGAUACUGAAAAUCAAAGACUUUGGAAUACCUAUAAAUGUUUUUGAUGAUUUUUUGUCAAAAAUGUCGGAUGUAUCUGCAAGAAGAGGCUUUAAAGGGAUCGAUAGAUUAUAAAACAACAUCAUUUAUCAUACGGAUGACAAGCAUAACCUGAGGAUGGCAAUAGUAUAAUAGACGAUUAGAGACAACGACACUACACAAACAUAAGAGCUUCUAACACUUAUUCAGUAUUACUUUUACCGCCUUUGCAAAUAACAUUAAGAUUAAAGAACUGAUUACCAAGUGCCACGGUCGUCUUAAGCACUUCAAAUUCUUCGACAAAACAAAUUCUUUGUUGUUUGCAAAGGAUUACAACUCAUUUUGAUGUGAUCUCCUUUGAGAUCUUCUAUGUGUUAUUAAACGUACAGAUAAGAAAAUAAGUUGGCGCACAUCUCUACUGCCUGUUUCUAAUAUCUGCCAAUUGUUGUGAAAUAUUUCCCGUGCGUUAUUUAUUUUCUCAUCUGUAACAUUGUUUGUUUACUAGGUUACGAACACUUAGUGCGUUAGCUUUUAAUAUUAGUGACAUAUAGUGUUAAAAUUGCAAAUUUACCGAAAUCAAAGUGAAUAUUUAAAAAAAUAUGUAAGCGAAAAUUGAAAAUGAAAUUUGGAAACCAUUAACUCUUGUAUGAACGAGGUUCAUAUUAUUGUAUGUUGUAUUGUUAUUAUAAAGAACGGUUAGUAGAUUUAUCCAAGAUUACAUUAACUUAGAAUUAUGGAUGAAAAACGAAAAAAAGAAGGUUAUUGUUGAAAAUGUUUUUAGGUAUUUAAAAUCGGAUUGAGCUUCUGUGAAACAUGUUGUUGACCUAAGUUAGGUUUCGUUCGCAGUUUCUGGCUACGAUGUUGCCGUACGACACGCACGACCACGUCGCCAUUAACCUAUAAUCUGAGCUAACAGAAUCUAACACCAGUGUUAGCGAUUAACACAGCCGAAAAAAAAGAAACUCAGCUAAUAAAUUUACCUUAUAGGGAUAUAAAGACACAUAUUUCGUCAUAUCAAAUAUACAAGGGCGAUAUUUGUACAGAUAUUUGUCUGCGGCUCUGAGUGUGAUGUGCCUGUUUCUGUGUUUGUGUCCAACGGACGCGUAAUUUAUUUAUAUAUUAGGUAUUUAUAUAUCACGUGAUUUUCAAACAAUGCUAUUUACAACGAUGUCUUUUCAUUGAUUUAUUGUCCAAAUUAAAUUACAGAUUCGUAUACAAUGCAGUAGAAAAAGCAUAUUAAAAACAGUACAUUUUAUUGAGACUCAUAGCACAUCUGCAGUAAAACCUAUGUGAAUUCACCCAGAGAAAACACGAAUGUUUCAAAUGCCUCAGAAAUUUAGUAGGAGAGUUGUUCACCCCAGUGCCGUUGUCUUCUCACACGGGUGGAAACAACACACAAAAUUUCUCAUUUUACCUAUUGAAAAAUUCCGCAAUCUUCUCACAAUUGUAAUAUGAGCGGUUGAAAUUUUAAGACUUCAGGUUAUCGCUACGCAUACGAGUAUCUCCAUUCGUUUUGUGCAUUAAAGGUGAAUUAAUCUCAAAUGUUUCUAUGACUAAUCAAAUAGGAAAUGACACAAAGCUGAAUAUAGUUUAAUGGUGAUUGAUCGUCCUAAAUGUCGUUAUUUCAAUAUUUGUUUCACACAGUCUACUUGUCACUUCAGUAGUGUCUUAUAGAUGCUUGUUUGCGCUCAUUUAUCUAAUGUUGCAAAUUGUUGCGUUAAUUUAAAAGUACCUAUUAGUUAUAAAAUUUAGAGGUAGCCAUUUUCAUAUGAGCCACGCGGUAAAUGUGAAAAUGGUGUAUCUACCAAGUUGUUAAAUAAAAAAUAAACUACAUUGUACCACCA